AUGAGAUUGCAUUUACCUCCUGUUAAAGAAAAAAGUACUUCGAGUUUACCAAAAGAUAGAAAUGUUAAUGUUGAAAAAAGCGAAACAUCACCUAUGAGCGAAAUCUGUGGUGUUAUUCAAGAUGAUGAAAAUGAUGAUAAAUAUGAUAGUGAUCAAUAUGGGGAAUAUGAGGAAGAUUAUUAUUAA